AUGAAGAAGUUGAUGGAAGUGAUCUACCUGAAGAAAACUCCAGAGGAGGCUUACAGAGCUCUGACGUCUGGGUCCAACUCCUCCUACCUGCCCUUCAGGGACGCUUCCUUUGGGAAUUGCACCUUCAACCUCACGGUGCUCGACUGUCUGCAGGGCAUCCGGAAGGCUCUGCAGCACGGCUUCUUUGACUUUGAGACGUUUGACGUGGACGAGUACGAACACUACGAGCGGGUUGAGAAUGGAGAUCUGAACUGGAUCGUCCCGGGGAAGUUUCUGGCCUUCAGCGGACCUCAUCCUAAAACUAAGCUAGAGAACGGUUACCCUCUCCACGCCCCCGAGGCCUAUUUCCCGUACUUUAGGAAACACAGCGUGACCACCGUCGUCCGUCUGAACAAGAAGAUCUAUGACUCCAAACGCUUCACCGACGCCGGCUUCGACCACUUCGACCUCUUCUUCUUAGACGGCAGCACGCCCAGUGACAUCAUCACACGCCGCUUCCUGCACAUCUGUGAGAGCACGGACGGCGCCAUCGCCAUCCACUGCAAGGCCGGUCUGGGCAGGACGGGCUCUCUGAUUGGCUGUUACCUGAUGAAACACUACCGCUUCACGGCAGGUGAGGCCGUUGCCUGGAUCAGAGUGUGCAGACCGGGCUCUGUGAUUGGACCACAGCAGAACUUCCUGGAGGAGAAGCAAGCGGCGCUCUGGUUGCUAGGUGACAGCCAGCGUUCCCAGAAGGCCAAGCUGGAGGAGAGAGGGGUGCAUCAUCUCAUCACCACCAUGGACGACCUCUCACUAAACUCCGCCCACAACAGUCUGCACGAGAGCGAGGCGGUGGACAGCGGACCGGUCCUCACUCAGGGAGACAAACUGAGAGCCUUGAAGAGUCGCCGUCUACCCCGACCCGCCACCACAGGAGCCCUCAGAGUGGAGGAGGUGAAGGUUCACAGCAGGUCGGCCUCGCAGCCGCUCAGAUGGUCAAUAGGUGGGGGUCAGGGCCCAUCCUCCCCCCUCAAGUCUUCCAAUUUCCCAGCAUCCUCUGCUUCUGCUGCCGCCAAGAGGAUUGGAAGGAGUCCGUCAGCAACGGCCUCCAACAUCAGGAGCUCUCGGUUGGCCAGCUCUCUCUCUGAUCUUUAUGUUGAGGAGGACUCCUCCCCCUUCUCUCCUCUGACCCCGCCCUCUCUCUAUCGCUAUGGUAAUGGCCCUCGCGGCGCGCAGCACGAGGUCAACAACAACAACAACAGCGGUCCGUACGAGGGCUCUGUGGCGCCCGGCGGCAGGCCGGGCCCUCAGGACUUCAUCCCCUACAGGAGCCCUGGGCCCUACAGUCCCCUGAAGGCCCCAUCAGGACGCUACCUGAGCCGCUCCAUACCUUCUCUUCAGUCCGAGUUCAUCCAAUACUAGAACUACAGAAUCCACCUGCGGACACAUUACCCACAAUCCCCUGUGUUGGAUGCUCAAAGGGAAACUAUUAAAGCAGCAGUGAGUGAAGUUAACGAGCC